AGUAUCGGUAGACACUGAGCUUGACCUUCAACAGCUCAAGUCUCUAGUUAGUCCUUUAGGUGAAACGCACGUGGCACUCUGAUUGGCGUUUGGUGAAGCGGGGUUAGAUCAGGGUCCCGGAAGUCGAAGCCGUCCUUUAUCAAAGUUAUCGAGAGAGGGGAAAUCAAUAUUCAGUGGCGGCAGCCACGGCGAGAAAGAAGGCCUAAACGAUUUAAAUAUUCUUUGCUGCUUCAUCGCCGACCGGCUUUGAACAAGAUGCAGCAACAGUCCUCGGUCAAGAUGCAAACUCAGACGCAGGCGCAGGCAGCCGCACAGGCACAGGCACAGGCACAGGCACAGGCUCAUGCCUCAUCUCAGGCAAUGUUGUCUUCGUUAUGCUCCUCCAGCAGUUUGACAUCGUUGCUCGUGGCUUCGUCGCUGGUGUCUCAUUCCAUUGCUCGUUUGAUGGUCACGGUGACCACGACCUUUUUCCACCUCUUCUCGCUCUUCAUCGCCACAACCCUGUCGACUGUGCACAAAUUGUGGAAGCGCUCAGAGCGCUUCCGCGAUGCAUGCUUUUAUCAUUUUAUGCUCUGGCUCCUCUCGCCGUCUCCAAUGCUUCUCUUCGUGCUUUGGCCAGGCUGGCUCGUCAUCUUUGCUUCUUGGGCAUGUUGGACCUGGGCACCCUGGUGAACAAUGGGGCGAAGAGAUGGGGAGCUCGGGAUUUAGAAGCCAGAGCUGACUGCGUUGGUCGUGAUGGUCGACGGCUCAUUGUCUGAGCUCGAUCAUGACCCAUGCAAACUGUU